UGUUUGUCCGUCUGUCGUUCCUUAAUGUCGAGAACGGAGUAAGAUAGUUGAAAGUAGAGACUAGAUAUGGAAACAUUAGGAGCCGGAGAUCCCGAUUAACUAUAUAAGAACUUCCGAUGCAAAUCGGAAGUUACGUUAUUUCAAUUCAAAACGUUUCUGCUCGAAACAAUUAAUAGAUGAUCGGCAUGACCUAUUGUUCAUUUUUAGAAGUUAAUUAAAAUAAAUGCGAUAAAAUUAAGAUUAUUGAUAGCAAAAUAAUUAACACUAGAAGUAUUUUUCGUUAAGUAACAUUGAAAAGGAGCAGAUGUUACGGUAUGAUGAUAAAUUAUUUACUAUACAAUAACAUAUAUUUCAACAAAUGAAUAUUUCUUCUCUUUUAUUCUAUAAACAGCAAUGUUUACUUGCGAGUUUAUUUUUGAGAUUUAUUUUUCUUCCAUUUUUACAAAAAUGAAAACUCCGACAUAACAACUGUUGCAAUUUUAAGAUAAUUUAAUCUAAGUAAACAUCUCAAUUGCAGUCUUUUCUCUAUUUAAGACAAAAAUAAAAGAUAUUUUGUUCAAAACCUCUUUACAUAAAUGAUUUUUUCAGACUAUUAAGGCAUUCGAAAUAGAAUUUUUCGCUAUGUAAUAUUGGAAAAAGCAGAUGUUACCGUAAUAUAUGCUUGGCUAUUCGACCAAUAACAAUUUUUAGAUUAUUUUAUUACAUAAAAUAUUUGAAAGAAAAUGAUGAAUACUUGAAUAAAAUGUUGAAUAAACGUUAAAAUUAACUUUGUUGAGGUGUAUAGUUAUAUAAUGAAUGUUAUCGUUCUUUCUUAUCUCUUAUAUAAGAUAUAAUAAGGCUUUUAUAAGCCUGCAAGUUUCAAGAUUUAAUAUUGUAAUUCAGAAAUUUCUAUGAAAGGUUCAAUAUGAAGACCAUCAUUGCAAUUUUUACUUUGUUUCAUUUAGCCAUUAGUCAAAAUGUGAGUUUAUUACUUCAAAGUUCAUCUGUACAAAUUGGUAACGGUAACGAAUUUAUCGAUAAACUGUUAACUGUUACAAAACUGGCGUAUGGUCACCAAUUAGAUCCUCAUCCCCUUCCGGAUAUGGGAUUGAAUUUUGAAAAGAGAUUCAUAUUAAUAACAUAUCGUGGUAAGGCACAAUUACACGAUGGUGUUCUUUCUGGAUUAACAUCUAUGCACAGAGAUGACGAUUGUACAAUGCAAUAUAAUAGCGAUGGCUUUCACGUCAACGUUCCUUUAGGUUUGGGAGUUUUGCACUUUGACUAUACAGGCACUAUAUCAUUCAUGAAUGUAGGACCUGCAAUCAAAAUUUCCGGUAGUGUAGGUUACGUAUCAGUUGAAAUGGAAAUUGAAGCGAAAACUGGAUCUGAGCCCGAAUUGAAAGAAUUUAGGAUAAUAGAAAUGAAAGGAUUUGAUAUGAAAAUCAGAAAUCGUUUAUUAUUAAACAGCGUUGUUAAAAUUAUUUCUAAGAUGGUUUUCAAGUUAUUUAAUCCUCAAAUUAAAAAUAUUAUAGAGAAAGAGGUGAGAGGCAUGAUAGCUGAAAAACUCAAAACUUUAAAAUUACCAAUGUAACCUGUGAUAAGAAUAAAUAUUAAUUCGA